ACUUAACCUCGUAUUUGGUUGAGUUAAAAGAAAGAAAAGAAAUGAAAGAAAACAUACACAUAUACACUUCAUAAACCAGUGUACAUUUGCAGAGAAACAUUUCACACAUUCACACUACUGUCGUUGUGAUGCUCUUGCAUUCACUCUGCUGGUAAGAAGAGGUGGUGAUGAGAUACGGUACCUGCACACGCAUGGGUGGGGAGGGGGUAGCUUGCUGAAAGUCCAGAGUUCAGCGGUACCGGGGACUCAAACCGAGAACUGGCCAGAGGCGGAGCUCUCAAGUGGGGCUGUCUCUGAGCCUUUGAUAGAGAUACGAACACACACUUCUUCUUCCUUCCAACCGAGCGAACGGCGGCCGAAGACGCGCAGAGCAAGCACCAUGACGGAGAACAAAUACGACGUGAUUGUCAUCGGGGGAGGUAUCUCAGGUCUGUCGGCGGCCAAGCUGCUGGUGGAGUCGGGCCUGAGUCCGGUGGUGCUGGAGGCUCGGGACCGAGUCGGAGGGAGGACCUUCACUGUGCGGAACAAGGAGACCCAAUGGGUGGACCUGGGAGGGGCCUACAUCGGCCCCACCCAGAACCGCAUCCUGCGUCUGGCCAGGGAGUUCGGGGUGAGGACGUACAAGGUGAACGAGAAGGAGAACCUGGUGCACUACGUCAAGGGGAAAUCAUAUCCAUUCAAGGGAAGCUUCCCACCCAUGUGGAACCCAUUUGCCUAUUUGGACUAUAACAACCUGUGGAGAACGAUGGAUCAAAUGGGGAUGGAGAUUCCCGUGGAAGCCCCAUGGAGGGCCCCCCAUGCAGAGGAGUGGGACAAGAUCACAAUGAAGGAACUGUUCGACAAGCUCUGCUGGACACGCGCUGCCCGGCAGUUUGCCACCCUCUUCGUGAACGUGAACGUGACCUCCGAACCUCAUGAGGUGUCGGCCCUCUGGUUCCUGUGGUACGUGAAACAGUGCGGCGGGACCAUGAGAAUCUUCUCCACCACGAACGGUGGACAGGAGAGGAAGUUUGUGGGCGGGUCCAGCCAGAUCAGCGAGCGAAUGGCGGACAUGCUCGGCAGCAGGGUGAAGCUGCAGCGGGCCGUCUACAGCAUCGACCAGAGCGGGAGCGGGGUGGUGGUGAAGACCCUCAACGAGGAAACGUACGAGGCCAAAUGUGUCAUCAUUGCCACGGCACCGGCAUUGAACCUGAAGAUUCACUUCAACCCUCCGCUACCACCGUUGAGGAACCAGCUGAUUCACCGUGUGCCCACUGGCUCCGUGAUCAAGUGCAUGAUCUACUACCGGGAGAACUUCUGGAGGAAGAAAGGCUACUGCGGAACAAUGGUGAUCGAGGAGGAGGAGGCUGCCAUCGGCCUGACGCUCGACGACACCAAACCGGACGGGGCCGUCCCAGCGAUAAUGGGGUUCAUCCUCGCCCGCAAAGCCAGGAAACUAGCAGACCUGACAAAGGAAGAGAGGAAGAGGAAGAUCUGUGAAAUAUACUCCAGAGUUCUCGGCUCAGAUGAGGCUCUGCAUCCUGUGCAUUAUGAGGAGAAGAACUGGGGAGAGGAGGAAUACUCUGGAGGCUGUUACACAGUCUACUUCCCCCCUGGCAUCCUCACACAGUUUGGCAAGGUGCUCCGCGAGCCGGUGGGUAAGCUGUACUUCGCGGGGACUGAAACGGCCACGGUCUGGAGCGGGUACAUGGAGGGCGCCGUGCAGGCGGGCGAAAGAGCCGCCCGAGAGAUUCUCUGCAAAAUGGGACACAUCACCAAGGGCGAAAUUUGGCAGGAUGAGCCUGAGUGUCAAGAGGUCCCAGCGCUGCCUUUCACCACCACCUUCUGGGAGAGGAACCUGCCGUCGGUCCCUGGGUUCCUGAAGCUCGCGGGCCUGUCGUCCCUCCUGGCGGUGGCCAUGGCCGCCGGCGUCGUGGCCUACAAGAGGGGCCUGGUGCCCCGGAGCUAAAGCUCUCCUCUGUGCCACGUCCCUCUCCUGGGCCUUUGACCAAGACUGUUCUCUCCUCCCCCCCCGCCCCAGCCCCCCCCUUAGAAUCACCUGAUUGAGGUUAUAGGGCUGGCUGGAAUGUUCCAGUCCUCAUAGACGAUUUUAGUUCACACAUGAUCAUGCAGUUAACAGCUUAAGUUGUAAACAAGUUUCAUUUUAAUCCACAGUGUUCAUCCUGAGCCACAUUUUAAGAGAGGUUUUAAUCUUUUAAAAAAAAAAGGGGCACCGUUUAAAAAAAAGAAAAUUAAAAACUUUGUUUUAUCACAAUGGUAAUAAAUUAAAGGUGGUCUACAGAGCCCUGUUUACAGAAGAACGUGUAUGUGAAUGCCUUGUGCAAUGAUUUUACUGCUCAUUUCUACCAAAAACAUCAAACAUCCACCAAACAUUUCAAACAAAGUCACUACAAACUAGAGCAUAUUUAUUUAAAAACCCGAAUGACCAAUCACAUUCCGUACAUUCCCUAUGCAUUGACAUAUAGAUAAAUCAUAACCCAUAAUCAUAGCUCACCACAAGAGAGGCUGUGACUGACCAGUCCCGUUACCUUUUUCUAAUUAUAGGUGCUCUGUCUUCUUAUGACCAAUGUGUCAAGUGACUGCUCACAAGGUGACUGCUCACUUUUACAAUGCAUGACUGCAUUAGGCUGUCACUAGGUUGAAUUUUGAGGACAAUGAAAAUAAUGUCUUAAAGAUACUUUUGUGCAAUUAUGUUUUCCUUUUUCAUCUUCAUGACUGAAGUUUAAAGAGCAUUUUUGAUUGUAUCGAGCAGAUUAGACACUGUAAUGAUCACCAUUCCAUGUUAUUUUGCCAUAUUGCUGCUUAAUGUAUACAGUGUGUAACCUUAUUUUAAUUAAUGGCAGCUUUACUUAUUUUUGGACUCGAGUUUAUGCGCAAAUAUGAGCUGAAGAGAGUAAUGACAGAUUUUCAAAAUGCGUUUUUGUGUCAUUGGUAGAAAUAAUGCUGGAAGUACUGCAAUCAUGCUUCUGUUGGAGGCUUCAAAAUGUCCACAGAAAACAUAUAAACUGUCUUUGGGUGAUUUA